AUAUUUUUUAUUAUCUGCCGGUGCCGUUGCUUUAUGGUUUACAAGAGUUGAGAAGAGUAACUUACGGAAAAACGUGAGCUGUGAUUUUGUAAAAUUCUGGGCUAAAAAUUUAAGGGUCGCAUUCUAUUGACCUCGAAGUGUGUCUCGUUGUGGAAGAUGUCGGACACAAAAGAAGAAAUUUCAACAUCCUCCUUGCCCGCCAACACUCCUAAAAAAAUUCUAGCUACAAAAGUACAGGGUACUGUUAAAUGGUUUAAUGUGAAAAAUGGUUAUGGAUUCAUUAAUAGGAGUGAUACAAAAGAAGACAUAUUUGUCCAUCAAACUGCAAUAAAGAAAAAUAAUCCAAAGAAAAUGGUUCGAAGUGUAGGAGAUGGUGAAGUUGUAGAAUUUGAUGUUGUGGUUGGCGAGAAAGGUAAUGAAGCUGCUAAUGUGACUGGACCUGAUGGUGCUCCAGUAAUGGGUAGUCCAUAUGCUGCUGAUCGAAAUCGUAUGCGUGGGAGGUGGAUUCCGCGAAGACGUUACGUGCCCAGAACACCUAGACAACGAACUGAAGGUGAAGAUAGCCAGAGUCAAGAAAAUGCUGAUGACGAGAUUCAACAACCCCAGAGACCUAUGAGGCGACAAAUGCGCCGUCCUUUCUUUAGGCAGUACUACCGAGGACCUCCACGAGGCCCGCCCAGAAACAUGCAUCAAGAAGGCAAUGAUGAUGGUCAGGAGAGGAAAGAUGAUGAGAGGCCACAGAGAGGUGGUGGCAGUAACAGACGAGCACCCAGACGUUUUACACGCCGAUUUUUCCGACGUAGGCCACGCCGUCCCAGGAGUGACACAGAAGGCAGCCAGAGUGGUGUAGAAGGAGAAACAACUAAUAAGGAUACGGAAGCAGAAGAUGAUCAACGCCAGCGCCGCGAUAGAGGCCAGGGAUACAGACCUCGCCCACCUUACAGACCAAGAAUGGACCGAAGGAGAGUUCGCCGUGGUGGAUCUAAUACCAGGACCAGGUCCGCAGACAAUGAUCCUUCCAGAAAAGGAGAUGGCUCUUAUGAUGGCCAAGGGCGGGAAAAUGAAUCCAAAUCUGAUGUCCCUGGUAACCAAAACGAUAAUUCAAACAGCACGAAUGCAUCGCCUUCCUCUAAUGCAGUGUCACAAGAACCCAGUGAUUCACAGCAAACGAACAAGGGGUAUUCUAAUGAGCAAACAUCUGCAGAGCAAAGUGCUGUAAAAUGUGAAGGUUCAUCUUCCGUAGAAGCUUCCCCAAAUGAAGCAACAGUCUCUGCCUAACCAAUGUGGAGCUCACUAUCUUUUGAGUCUGCCUGCUUCUCAUGUCAUUAACAACAUACUACUACUUUGUAAUUGUUAUCAUGCUGUGAUUGGAUUGCAUUAAAGAAACAAACAGCUGGAGGUGUAGUUUUUGCCAACAGGUGGCUGUUCCUUGGGGUAGCCUUGGAGGCACUCCCUAGCCAUUCAAGUUACAGCACUUGUUGAAAGUUUAUUAUUAUUUUUUUCCUCCUUAUUAUAUACUGAGCACUUUUUUUUUCUGACCGAACUAACAUUGUGUAUUUAUCUUUGGCCCUUGUUGUUUGAAACCUAAUUUAUUUUUAAAAUUCAGAUGCAUUAUAUGACGAACUUGUAGCAUUGUUCGACUUUAUUUUGACUGAAAGCAGACACUUUGUAUACUUGAAACAGAAGUUUAUAAAUAUGAAUUUGGAAUAAAAUUCUUCAUUUCACAAACAA